ACGAUGCAAUCGCAACACGAGCAACGACGCGAAAUCGCCGCCGAUUGCUGCUAUCAGCAAUGGCCAGCGCAUUAUCACCAUCAUCAUCAUCAGCAGCAGCAGCAGCAGCAACAGCAGCAGCAGCAGCAGCAGCAGCAUCACCACCACCACUAUCACCACCACCACCAACACUAUCAGCAUCAGCAUCAGCAUCUGCCAGCUGUACCAUCGCCGAUGCAACAAAUGGAAGCCUGUUUGCAAAGCGCCGGAAGAGUAAAAAGAUCUCGCAGUCCCAAUCAUCCGAUAAAAGCCAUUUUGCCAAUUCACUCGACGAAUUCGGCGAAUUCGAUUUCCCCUGCAACUGUCACAAUGGAAUCGCGCAACGACAGCAACAACAACAAUAGUCAUCACAGUGACCAUCAUCCGAGUGAGGACGGUGGAUCCUCCGCCGAAGAAUCGGCUGUGAAACGGCCGCUUCAUUCGGCAUUACUCGGUGCAGGCGCCGCUCUGGAGGCAAAGCCGCUCUGGGAGGAAUUCCAUCAGCUGGGCACCGAGAUGAUCGUUACGAAAGCCGGACGAAGAAUGUUCCCCACGUUUCAGUGUCGAUUGUUCGGUUUGGAGCCCAACACGGAGUAUCUGAUGGUGAUGGAUUUUGUCCCGUGUGAUGACAAGAGAUACCGAUACGCUUUCCACAGCAGCGCCUGGGUCGUGGCGGGUCGAGCCGAUCCCGUAUCACCCCCCAGGAUCCACGUGCAUCCCGAUAGUCCUGCGAGUGGCGCUCAUUGGAUGAAGCAGCCAAUUUCCUUCGACAAGUUAAAACUGACCAACAAUCAGCUUGACGAUAACGGACACAUUAUCCUGAACUCGAUGCACCGUUAUCAGCCGCGCUGCCACGUGGUGGUCGCUCCCUCGCCACCGGGCUCGGCGCCGGAUCCCCGCACGGAAAACUUCAAGACGUUUUCCUUCCCGGAAACUAGGUUCACCGCGGUCACCGCGUACCAAAAUCAUCGGAUAACGCAGCUCAAGAUCGCCAGUAACCCGUUCGCCAAGGGCUUCCGGGAUUGCGAGUCGGACGAGUGCGACGGCGUGGCGGCCGUCGCGGUCGGCGGGAUGUCAAAUCCCGCCAAAAGGCCCGCCACGGGAGCCGCGAGUGGCGCGGGUGCCAUUCUCCCUGCAUCUGCAGGUUACAACGCGAUGCCGAUUCCGGGUGCAUCGAUGCAUCAGAUUCCGGGUGUAUCUGCCACAUCUCAGGAGCACCAUCAGUUCUACGGUGCAACGGGCGGUGCAGGUAGCCAUUGGACGCAUUACUCGAGUCAUCAUGGACAAUCGUCAGCGCAUACGGUCAACGCGGUCCAUUAUCCGCAGCAUGCGCAUUCGAGCGCGUCUCUCUACGGGCCACGAUAACCGCGUAGAUUCGCUAUUCGCUAUUCGCGAUUCGUGCAGCGACCGAUUCUCUCUCAUCUUAUUUAUAAUGACUUUGUCGUUACAUCCGUCUUUGUUACAUUCGAAAAAUACUGGAAAAACAGUUACCAAAAGAUAUAUCCGUAUCAUUCGCGGCCGACUUUUUCUUACAAGUUUAUAUAAAAAGAAUCAAUUCGCAUAAAAUGUCAUGAUUUCAGGAUUUCAAUUAAAAGAUGACCAUUUUUACGCGCACGCGUGUACGUAUAUCUAUGUAUGUUAUGUGUUUUGGAGUAAUUUUGCGUGUAACGACAAUUUUCGAUUUAAGCUUAUUUAAUUUAACAGAUAAUGAGAGUGAGGAUAUAGUUUAUAAAUGAUAAAUCAUUAUAUUUUUACGCGUAUAUAUAUAGUCUCGUUACUCGAUUUGCUGAGUUACUCAAUGAUGUAACCUGUAACUUGUAUCAAGGAUUGUGCCAAUAUCUGAUCGUGAGUUAAAUUAUGAAUAAUUAGCUAGACGAUACGCGCGCAUAUACCGUUGAUGACAUCAACAUACUUUUACAAAGUGCUAACGUGCGUCUGCACGCGAUAUUAAAAUUAUCAAUAAAUUAAAGACAAUUACGAAACACGCA